UUUUUUCUCUUAAUGUAUUAAUAAAAAGAGAAUGUUUAACUUUGUAAUUUGUAAUAGAGUGGAGUUUGCGUUAAAACUGGGUUACACGGAGAAGCUUGUUCAAGCAGCCCUUUUAAAAUUAGGCCCGUCACCUGCUCAGAAUGAACUUCUGGCCGAAUUGAUAAAAUUGGGUGCCCAGAGGAGCAGUUCUUCUUGCGAUAGCAGCCCAACAGAUGGACCCACCGAUAUAGCAGCCGAGUUUCAAAGCGACCUUUCUACUGCUACCGGACAAGUGCUGAGGCCGAUUGUUAUCGAUGGAAGUAACGUUGCAAUGAGUCAUGGAAACAAAGAACUAUUUUCGUGUCGUGGUAUUAAGAUCGCGGUAGACUGGUUUAAGGCACGAGGACACAAAGACAUAACGGUGUUCGUUCCAAAAUGGCGAAAAGAAGCCCCGAGACCCGACAAUCCCGUCCGCGACCAGGAGAUCCUCGCUGAACUCGAAAAAGAACGUAUGCUGGUCUUUACCCCCUCCCGGUUCGUCGGAGGUAAGAGGAUGGUGUGUUACGACGAUCGAUAUAUUCUCAAACUAGCCGCAGAGGUCGAUGGGGUGGUUGUCAGUAACGAUAACUACCGCGACUUGUCCCAAGAAAAUGCAGAGUUUCGCAAAGUAGUAGAAGAACGCAUCCUAAUGUAUUCUUUUGUUAACGAUCGAUUCAUGCCUCCUGACGACCCCCUUGGACGUUCUGGACCAACACUGGACAAUUUCCUUCGUUGCCAACCGAAGAAAAGCGAACCGCCACCGCCGUGUCCCUACGCGAAAAAGUGUACGUACGGUAACAAGUGCAAGUACCAUCAUCCAGAACGGGGUCCAUUACCGCACAAGAGCGUGACGGAGAGACUAAGUGAGCAUGCGCAGCGUCAUUUGCAAGCUCGUGAAGGGGAGACACGUAAGAUUCCUCUCGGUCGCACGCGAUCUAACGUGCCUCCCCCCAAAGAAACCACUCAACAUGCGGUCGUUUCAAAAAGUCGUAGUGUCGAUAAUGUGGGUGGUACGUAUCCGCCACCUCCGGCUGCUUCCGGGACCGAGAAUCUUCAUAAGAAACUACAAAGACAAUUAACGCUCAAUCCAAACUCUGACCCGCGGCUCGUACGAGCUCGUUUCCUCCCUCCACUGCAACACGGUGGUGCUGGUGCGUUACCGCAACAAUUACGUCCCUAUUUAACCCCCGGACACCCCAAUUGGGAAUUGCAUCAACACGUAACGCGUAUUGCCUCCGCACCUGAUUCGUACCGCGCUUGGCCCCCCAAUUCAGCUACAGCUGCGCAUGCGCAACAUGCAGCAGCUGCACAUAUGCAACGUGUGUCUAGCUGUUCAGACCCACAGCUGAACGUGUGGCCCCAUCAUUGGCCGCAUGCUGCAGGUGGAGCAGCUGCGCAUCCUAACAUACAGGAGGACGUUAGGAGAAAAUUACACUAUCAUCUGAGCGCCAUUUUUCCAGAGGAACAAGUAUCGCAGGCGAUGCAAAUGUAUCCGGAUGAGACGAACCCCCAGAAGAUCUGUGCAGCUAUUUUGGCUAUGUUCCCGUCAAAAUAACGAAACGGAGAAAAUGGAACAAUUAAGAAUGAAGCAUUUUUAUCAUGACAAUGACUACGAGUACGUGUUGCCUUGAAGAUUUGUUUAAUUCUGCAGUAAGAUGUAGUUUCUUUUUGAAAGAAGAAAGAGAAAAGGAGGCGUAACGAGGUAAGUGCCCAAUUGUUAGGUCCAAAUGAAAUGGAAUUACCUUUGGAAGAGUGACAAUGUUUAAAUGACAAAGUAUUUCAUUUGUUCUGUCUUUCAUAUCAACACUUAUUUUUUAUGAGAAGUAUAAUUAACAAAUCGUUUAAAAUGUGGUUCGACUUAAAUAUUUAUAGUCACUUUACUCUUAUUUUUUCGACAUUUAAAAUGCUACCAAGGUUGUGAAAAUAACCAUAUAUAUUUUUUUAACAAAAACUUUUUCUGAACUUUUAAUUUUAUUUUUAUAAGCUUGAAGACU